AUGGCAACGACAUCAAGCACACCAAAAGCAAAAUCGGACAACCAAAACCUAACUAGAACCAGAUCUCUUGGUCGAAAACCAAAGCUACCUUCGUCCGUGUCAUCAGAAGAUGGGUCUGAUCAGAAACCGGAGAAGCCUUUGCCAAACUAUUUGAAGCCAACAAUCAGUUCGAGACCAGAUCCAGUCAAGUUCUUGAAGAAAAACAACAAUAGUCUUGAAGAUAACCAGAAGCUUCUCCGUAGAAGAUCUUUUGAUCGACCUCCUCCUUCUUUGACUUCGCCUUCUACUUCUUCUUCGCGUAUCCAAAAAUCCCUCAACGUCUCUCCAUCUCGCCCACGAGACAGACCCAUGGUUCCAAGAGAGAAACCUGUCACAGCUCUACGCUCUUCAUCUUUCCAUGGAAGCAGAGGUGUUCCAAGAGGAGGUACUUCUGUGAAAUCGCCUCCUGUGGCUCCAAAGAAGAGCGGGUUGAGCAGUAAUAGCACUUCCCUGAAGAGCAAAAAGGAAAGUUCUGAAAAUGUUACGGCAAAGAAGGCAUCAGAGAAAGAGAUUUUCUUGGAUACUGCUUCUAUGUCGUCUGCUCAUGAGGAUGAAGAGGAGAUUGUCAAGGUUGAGGCUGAUGUACAAGUUUCUGAUGAUAUAGAAAAGCCCAAAGAUGAAAAGGAAAAUAAAGAGGUGCAAGUAGAAGUUGUGCAUGUCGAUGAGUCCGGUGAUGAGAAUGAGAGAGGUGGACCAACAACGGUUGCUCCCCCUGUUAGGGAAGACAUUGUUGUUGCCAAAGAAAAUGAAAAAGAAGAAGAAGAAGAAGAAAGAUUGAUCAAUAUUGAAGAUAAAAACGAAGGGAAACUAGAGGAAAUUAAAGAACAAAAGAAUAACCAAGAGAACAAGGGUGAACUCGAGGAAGGGGUGAAGAAGGAGAUUGAUGAUUUUGAGACUUCGGAGAAGGUUGACACAAAUUCGAAAGAAGUUGAAAGUGUUGAAGAGACUACGGAGGAAAAAGAAGAAGAAGUGAACGAAGAAAGGGAAGUGAAAGAAGAGGAGAAGGAAAAGGUGAAAGAAGAGCAGAAGGAAAAGGUAAAAGAAGAGUUCAAGGAGAAAGUAAAAGAAGAAGAGUCAGGAGAAGGAAAGAAGAAGGAAGUAGUGAAAGGUAAAACGGAAUGUUCAUCAGCCUACAACGAUGUAAUAGCAAGUAAGAUGCAAGAGAACCCGAGGAAGAACAAAGUUUUGGCUCUUGCUGGAGCUUUUCAAACCGUUAUUGACUAUGAAACUGCUGCAUCUAAGUGAUAUAUAUCUUACAGAGAUAAUAACAACAACAAAAAUCAACAAUGCCAGUCAUUUUUAGCUUUUCAUUCCAUUCUAAU